AGAGCGAGAACGCAGGUCAACUCGCACACGCCGUGCGCUGAAAACCAAACUUGAAUGUGGCUUGGUGCUAGUGGCUGAUUCUAAAUAUUAUGAUCAUAUUGGACAGAAAAGCAGAAAGAAAACAUUAUACUCAAUGGUAUGACUAAAGGCCUGUUCAUAUCAGCCCGCGAGGCUCGCCAAAAGUCUGAAUUGAUGUCAUUGUUUGAAUCCAUAUCUAAUAUCCCUCCUCGGUGGGACGAAAUUAAGCAAAUAAAUAAGAAAAUAUAUUACUUACCUUAACGUUGAUAAUUCUGGAUAUCACAAAAACCUCAUCCAAUAAUUGUUUAUAAUAUCUGGAAAUCGUACAUUUUGUUAAUCAAACAUCAAUAUCUGCAGGUUGGAGUUAUCAAUCGUGUGGAUGAGAUCUUUAAGAAAACUGAUUGGUCUGACGAUUCGACAGAUUCAUACACGGGUUUUGGAUUUGUGAUCAAGAAGGUUGGUGUCAGCGCCAGGAUUUGGGUGUCGGGUCAGGUGAAGAACUGUUAAUGACUGUGUUUGAAUAUUUUUACACUUAGAUCAAAAUUCACGAAGCACCUUCAACUGGUGAUUACAAUACAGUUUAUGAACCAGCUUGGAAGAUUAAAGAUUUACUUGAGGUUUGUUGAAAAAUGUUUCAGUUUUGACGACUCUUGCUUUGUAACGUAGAAUAAAGGAGUGUACGGGUAGUAGAAACAUGUACACUGAUCUCGUGUGUUUUAGCAAUUCAGUAGACAAGAUUGGCAAGAAUUCUGUUUGGCACAUUUGUUUACUUACCAAGAUUUCGCGGAUGGCGUCAUUGGAUUGGCAUACGUCGCGCAUCCUGAUGAGAAUUCAAGAGGGGGGAUUUGUAGCCAAGGUAAGGAGCACAGCCUGCCUGAAUUCUGAGUGUGGCAGGUGUAUGAAAGACAGUUUGGAACCGAUAGAGUUAUCUAGUAUAAUUAACGUUAGUUUGCUUUCCACCUGUAGUGAUGGGAAGAGAUGACCUGUACUGGACCUCUAUAUAUAUAGGGAGAACAGUUUAGAACUGAUAGAGCAAUCCAGUAUAAAUAAAGUUAGUUUAGUUUAGGUUUGCUCCUGUAGUAACACUGAAUCAAUAAGAGAUGAUUCUUACUGGACCUCUAGGGAGAACAGUUUAGAACUGAUAGAGCAAUCCAGUAUAAAUAAAGUUAGUUUAGUUUAGGUUUGCUCCUGUAGUAACACUGGAUCAAUAAGAGAUGAUUCUUACUGGACCUCUAGGGAGAACAGUUUAGAACUGAUAGAGCAAUCCAGUAUAAAUAAAGUUAGUUUAGUUUAGGUUUCCUCCUGUAGUAACACUGAAUUAAUAAGAGAUGAUACUUACUGGACCUCUAUGGAGUUUAGUUUUGCCCAAUUAGAGAUGACCUUUUGUGGACCUCUAGGGAGAACAGUUUAGAACUGCUAUCCGAUAUAACUGAAGUUAGUUUAAUUUUUAUUUUCCUCCUGUAAUAACACUGCAUCAAUAAAGAUGACUCUUACUUGACCUCUAGGGAAGACAGUUUGGAAUUGAUAAAACUAUCCAGUAUAAAUAAAGUUAGUCUAGUUUUGAUUUCCUCCUGUCGUAACACUGCACCAAUAACCAGGUGAUCUGAAGGUGAGCAAAAGGACUGGGACUAGCAACAGAAUAGAAAUCUAGUUUUGUACCUUUAAUCACUUGUCACGCCCUGAUUCUUUUGUGAAACUGUUUGAAACUUUGUGUCUUUGUCUUGCACAGGGAAAUGAAUACCUGGGACAAAUUUGAGAUAGAGAUAUAAUACCGUUGAUGAGAUAUUGAGUAAUUUUAAACCAGAAAUGGAUCUCUAUUUUACAACUAGUGCCAGGCCUUUUCUGAGUUCCGAGAUCACCUGGAAGCUAGUGCAUGAUGACCCUUCUGGACUGUUUAAAACUGAUCAAGCUAUCUAGUAUAAAUCAAGUUUGUGUAGUAACAUUGGGUCAUUGAUUAGGGAUGACCCUUACCGGAUCUCUAUAGAACCACAGUUAAGAUAUAACUGCAUGGUUGAGUUAUCUGGUAUAAAAAAUAUUUAAGUUUUCCUUGUUUACAAGUGGACGAAUAAAGAUAUGUGUUUAUUUUUAGAGGAUCGUGGUAUGUGGCAUAACACAGGCCUGAGCAGUUCAAUCAACUGGGGCAACCAGCUCCUCACCACCGAGGCAGACAUUGUUACUGCACAUGGUCAGUUUCAUUUUCAUUAUUUAUUUUUUCUUCCUCACCUAAAGCCAUCCGUUUUCAAUGAUUUCGUAGUUCCAGUAAACAAACUACAUAGUUACAACACUAGACUUACAUCUAAGCAAACAUAUUCUUUACCAAAAACCACAACUAAUUUCGAAAUUUUUAAUAUAAGAUACCAAGCAGCUAGAAUAUGGAAUUCUCUGCCUGAAAGUGAGAAAAAGUUGUCAGCGUUUAAACAAAACUUAGUUUUAUUGAGUCGUAUUAAGUCAAUAGUUUAUUUUUAGAAAGAACUCAGAGGCGGGCAACAAAAUAUAUUUUGAACUUGCCAUUCUCGACAGACGUAGACUAUAAAACAAGAUUACAAUCCUUGCAUCUUCUUCCCGUAUCCUACUGGCAUGAAUACCUAGACCUGAUCCUCUUCUUCAAAAUCACACACGGUUUGGUGGAAAUGUCUGCUCUUCCUGACAUUCAUAUUAUGCAAAGAACGACACGAUCAUCAGCAAGUAAUAACGCUAAAUAUGUCGUCCGCAAAUGUAAAACCAAUACCUACCAGCAGUCGUUUUUUGUCAGAACGUGUCGAAUAUGGAACUCUCUCGUAGAUGAACUAAAUUAUGACACGAACUGCUUCAAUUCCUUUAGAUCAGCCUUACUGGAAUACUAUCACAAAUCUUUAGAAGUUAAUUAUAAUCCUGAUAAUCCUCGAACAUUUAAAACUAUAUGCCUGAAAUGUAACUUUGUACGAAGCCUUACAUAUCCGAUAUCCUGCUGCUUUUAGUAACUAAUAUUGUUUGUUCGUAGGUUUGUUAGUCUGUCCAGUUGAAUGUCUGUUACUCUGUUGUUUGCUUGAUUGUAUCCAAUUGGGCCCGCAGUAAUUGGCAAUAAGCUGUUGCGGUGUCCCGGCCUCUCUGUGUAAUUUUAUGCCGGCAAAGUUAAUAAAUAAUAUUUUCCUUAAAAGGUGAUUGAAUUGGGGUUUUUUUGUUGUUUUUUUGCUGCUGUUUUUUGUCACGUGUCUCUACAUUUGUUCUGUUUGAUAUUUUCACUGGCUAAUUAAAUAUCGCAAAUCUCCACUAUGUUGUCUAUGGACGUUAGCUGCCUAAUUCAGUCAGCCCUUACAGUUAUUUUAGGCAGAUACUCACACCUACUAUACUUAAAUAAAGUAAAUAAUGUAAUGAUUUAUAUUGGGUGAAUAAAAUUCUUCUUAGACGAGGACGUUUUCAUUUCAAGUUGUAUAUUUUACGAUUUUCUGUUUUGUUGGUUUAGAACUUGGUCAUAAUUUUGGCAGUGAACACGACGUGCAGAACAACCCGGAUUGCUCCCCAGAGAGCGGUGGAAAAUACAUCAUGUAUCCAGCGUCAGUUUCUGGACAAAAACCCAACAAUAAUGUAAGCUUUGCCUUUAAAUAGUGUGUGAAAUGAUUGGAAUAUUCCCCCCCCCCCUGGAUAUCGCAAUUAUUUAUGGAUCUCUUUUAUGACAGGAAGUCUUCAUGGGUACAGUGAAACCCUUGUCCUCGAUUGGGGGGGGGGGGCUUUUAAAUGGAAUAGCUCAUUACGAGAAUGUUCCGAAAUGAUAACUUAUGCAGCGUAUAGCACUGUAUAUCUUCGUUAUUUUUUUUUUAGAAAUUUUCAAGAUGCAGUAAAAAACAAGUCAAGGCGGUUCUUGCAUCAAAAUCUUCCAUUUGUUUUAGCGGUAGAUUUUUAAGAGUCUCAAUAUAUCACUCAAACUUGUAUAUUGGAUUCCUCUAUCAUCUCUAAACUGUUCUCCAAAAGGACCAGUAUAAGAUCCAUUCCUAUUUUUUCUCGAGUCUUCCUACAGGAUGAAACCAUACAGUAGCUCCAUCAGUUCUAAACUUUUCUCUCUAGAGGUGCAGUAUGAGAAUCGUCUUUUAUUGAUCCAGUGUUAAUACAGGAGGAAAUCUAAACUAAACUAACUUUAUUUAUACUGGAUAGCUCUAUCAGUUUUAAACUGUUCUCGCUUGAGGUCCAGUAAGGAUCCUCUCUUAUUGAUCCAGUGUUACUACGGGAGGAAAGCUAAACUAAACUAACUGUAUUUAUACUGGAUAACUCUAUCAGUUCCCCAGAGGUCCAGUAAGCGACAUCCCUUAUUGAGCUAGAGUUACUACAGGAGGAAACCUGAACUGUAUUUAUACUGGAUAGUUCAUUCAGUUUUAAAUUGUUCUCGCUUGAGGUCCAGUAUAAGUGUAGUCUCUUGUUGAUCCAGUGUUACUACAGGAGGAAACCUAAACUAAACUAACUGUAUUUAUACUGGAUAGCUCUAUCAGUUCUAAACUGUUCUCUCCAGAGGUCCAGUAAGCUUUAUUUGUAUUGGAUAACUUUAUUGUCCAUAGGUUCAUGCACUCGUGGUCGGCGCCCCAAACUAUGACCAUGUCUGUGACCAAGGCUCCCCCUCCCCUAACAGACCUGGGUGGAUCUAUCUGUGACGCUAACGAUAUUGAUUGUUGCGUAUAGAGCCCAAUACAGAACAGUUCUGCGGUAAUUUCCGUGUGGAAAAAGACGAGAAAUGUGAUGCCGGAGACAACAAGGAGGACGAGUGUUGUACAUCUGAUUGUAAGUUUAAAGGAGAUGCUAUAUGCAGGUAUGUGUGUACGUAUGACAGGCAGAAAUUUAGAAUGAAUGACCGAUAGACAGAUCGACAGACAGUCAGACAGACCCGUACCUACCAACAUACCAUACCAUACCUACCAUGCCUACCUACCUAUCAUACCAUACCUAUCAACCUAUUAUACCUACCCAUCCAUCUACAAUUCCCACCUACCAUAUAUCAUAUCAUAUCAUACCAUACCAUACCUAGCAUGCCUACCUACCUAUCAUACUAUACCAUACCUAUCAACCUAUCAUACCUACCCAUCCAUCUACAAUUCCCACCUACCAUAUAUCAUAUCAUACCAUACCAUACCAUACCUAGCAUGCCUACCUACCUAUCAUACUAUACCAUACCUAUCAACCUAUCAUACCUACCCAUCCAUCUACGAUUCCCACCUACCAUAUCAUAUCAUAUACCAUAAUACAAUAUAUCAUACCAUACCAUACCAUAUCACACCAUACCAUACCACACCAUACCAUACCACACCAUACCACACCAUACCAUACCAUACCACACCAUACCACACCAUACCAUACCACACCACACCAUACCAUACCAUACCAUACCACACCAUACCAUACCACACCAUACCACACCAUACCAUACCACACCAUACCAUACCACACCAUACCAUACCACACCAUACCAUGCCAUACCAUACCAUACCUACCUACCUAUCCACAUACCAUACCUACUAUACAUACCUACCCACAUACCAUACCAUACCUUACUAUACCAUACCAUACCUAUCAACCUAUCAUACUGUACCUACCUAUCCACCUACAAUUCCCACCUACCAUACCAUAGCUACCAUACAUACAUACCUACUACCUACCUUUCUAUCAACAUACCAUACCAUAUCAUACCAUAACCAUACCUAUCAACUUAUCAUACUGUAACUACCUAUCCAACUACAAUUUCCACCUAGUACCAUACCAUACCAUACCUAUCUACCUUCCUAUCCACAUACCAUACUAUGCCAUACCUUACUUUGCCAUACCUUACUUUGCCAUACCUACCAUACAUGCCUACUUACCUACCUACUCACAUACCAUGCCUACCUAACUACCAUACUUACUUAUCUACCCAGAUGCCCCAACCCAGGUAGGUAGAUAAUUGAUUGAUAGGUUAUGUAGGCAGUUGUUAUAUAGUCAAAUUUUCUCCCUUUCAGUGACAAUAAUGUCCAGUGCUGUUCAGGCUGCAAGUAUGCCAGUAACACAACACAAUGUGCACAAGCUCAGCCGCUACUCUGCAGGAAAGCAGUAUUCUGUAAUGCAACUUCUGAUGUGUGUCCAGAUCCAGAAAAUGCUGAUGAAGGCACUGAAUGUAUUGAGAGGUAUGAAGACCUGGAUUCCUUUAUCAUUUCUAAACUGUUCUCCAUAGUGGACUAGUUAGGACUAUCUUUAUCAUGAAACCAUAGCUCUAGCAAUUCUAAACUGUUCUCCAUAAAGGAUCAGUUAGGACUAUCUUUACUUUUUCCACUCUUACUAUAGCAUGAAACCAUACCUCUACCAAUUCUAAACUGUUCUCCCUAGAGGUCCAGUAAGAGUAAUCUCUUAGCGAUCCAGUGUUACUACAGGAGGAAACCUAAACUACAGUAAACUAACGUUAUUUAUGCUUGACGACUCUAUCAGUUCUAAACUGUUCUCUCUAGAGGUCCAGUAAGAGUCAUCUCGUAUUGAUCCAGUGUUACCACAGGAGGAAACCUGAACUAAACUAACUUUAUUUAUACUGGAUAGCUCAAUCAGUUCUAAACUGUUCUCCCUAGAGGUCCAGUAAGAGCUAUUCCUUAAUGCUCAAGUGUUACUACAGGAGGAAACCUAAACUAAACUAACUUUAUUUAUACUGGAUAGCUCUAUCAGUUCUAAACUGUUCUCCCUAGAGGUCCAGUAAGAGUAAUCUCUUAAUACUCAAGUGUUACUACAAGAUGAAACCUAAACUAAACUAACUUCAUUUGUACUGGAUAGCUCUAUUAGUUCUAAACUGUUCUUCCUAGAUGUCCAGUAAGAGUCAUCUCUUAUUGAUCCAGUGUUACUAUAGUAGGAAACUGUAUAAAAGUUGUCGGAGGAAACAUGAAAUUUUAGCGUAUGUACACUUUUCAUUUUAGAGGGAGAUGCAAUAGUGAGGGACAAUGCGAGCCGUUCUGUAAGAGCUCGGUGGGGGCGGAGUUUAGCCCAUGUCUGUGCACAAACGAAGCGGAUGCUUGUUACGUGUGUUGUAGAGAGGGGAACGGCACGUGUGAAGUGCAUCGUAACGCCACGUCAGUGAGGAUACCCAUGACUGAUGGUCGCUUGUGUUCUGCUGGAGUUUGUCGCGAAGUAAGAGUUUGUGAACUAAACUAAACAAACUUUAUUUAUUCUGGGUAGCUCUAUCAGUUCUAAACUGCAUGUUCUCCCUAGAGAUCCAGUAAGAGUCAUCCCUUAUUGAUCCAGUGUUACUACAGGAGGAAACCUAAACUAAACAAACUUUAUUUAUGCUGGAUAGCUCUAUCAGUUCUAAACUGUUCUUCCUAGAGGCCCAGUAAGAAUCAUCUCAUAUUGACCCAGUGUUACUACAGGAGGAAACCUGAACUAAACUAACUUUAUAUAUACUGGAUAGCUCUAUCAGUUCUAAACUGUUCUCCCUAGAAGUCCAGUAAGGAUCAUCUCUUAUUGAUCCAGUGUUACUACAGGAGCAAACCUAAACUACACUAACUUUAUUUAUACUGGAUAGCUCUAUCAGGUCUAAACUGUUCUCCCUAUAGAGGUCCAGUAAGGAUCAUCUCAAAUUGAUCCAGUGUUACGACAGGAGGAAACCUAAACUAAAUUAACUUUAUUUAUACUGGAUAGCUAUAUCAGUUCUAAACUGUUUUCCCAAGAGGUCCAGUAAAUGCCAUCUCUUAUUGAUCCAGUGUUACUACAGAAGAAGCCGGAGGAAACCCAUAACCAAAACUAACUUUAUUUGUACUGGAUAGCUCAAUCAGUUCUAAACUGUUCUUCCUAGAGGUCCAGUAAGGGUCAUCCCUUAUUGAUCCAGUGUUACUAUAACUACAGGAGGAAACCUAUAAGCAAAACUAACUUUAUUUAAAUUGAGAGCUCAAUCUGUUCCAAAUUGUUCUCCCUAGAGGUCCAGUAAUCAGUCAUCCCUAUAUUGAUCCAGUGUUACUACAGGAGGAAACCUAAACUAAACUAACUCUAUUUAUACUGGAUAGCUCUAUCAGUUCUAAACUAUUCUCCCUGUAGAGGUCCAGUAAGGAUCAUGUCUUACUGAUCCAGUAUUUCUACAGGAGGAAACCUAGACUAUUGACUAAACUUUAUUUAUUUUAAUUGGACUGUUCCAUAUUAUACUAACCUAUAUUUUAUGUGUCAUGCCACAUUAUACCGACCUUAUUAUUAACUGGAUUACUCUAGCAUAAACCACACCUAUAGUAAUUCCUACUUUGUAUAUUUUAGCAAAAAUGUGAGAAAGCAGCUCAAGAUAUAAUCACGCGUCUGCAAGAUUUCUUCGACACUCUGGGCGAUCCAAGUAAAUUUGGGGAAUUCUUGAAAGAUAAUAUUGUUGGAACCGUCAUAGUAUUCUCUCUCAUUGCCUGGGUACCACUUAGCAUUAUCGUUCACAGAAUUG